AUUGACUAAAAAUGCAUCUGUGUUGAAAGUGUGCAACUUGGUAUCUGCAAAUAGUUUAAAUAGUGAUUCUUCUGUUACUACUACAACUGCUUCAAAAAUGAUUGAAAGUCGAGCAUGGGAGUUCCGUGUUUCUUGCCAAGUUGCACCGGAAGAGCAGGUGUGUGUUGUGGGGAACUGUGAUUCUCUUGGGAUGUGGGACUCUCAGCGAGUGAUCCCACUCUACUCUGAAAACCCAUCUAUGUACAGUGAAGAGACUGUGUGGUCAACUUCAGUUCAGAUUCCUUUAUCAGGGGUUGAGUAUCGUUAUUGUGUGUGUAUCAUCCUGGAGGGCCGGCCUGGUCUACAUGAUGAACAAGUUGUCGUGGUCAGACGUUGGGAGACAAAUAUGUUGCCCAGAAAAAUUCCUGAUGGAGUGAGCAAUGUAGCAGAAGGAAACGUAGAGCAAUUUGGCUUGUAUGGAGGAUAUGAACGAGUUGACCAAGGAUGGUUAGUGAAAGACUCGGUGGUUCAGUUCCGGCUCUGUAACUCCACCCUCUACAAUGACCCCAUAAUGCUUUUUAAGAAGAAGUACCAAAAUAAAAAUGUUAGGGUAAAAGUGACUCCAAUUGACCUAAUCAACAGUCCUCAUGAGCCUCACAUGGGAGGAAUAGAUGAGAGUACAGAUUUUGAUAUUUCCAGUCUACAUAUCAAUACUAAACCUACUUGGCCUAUCACAGAAGUUGCUGUAAUGAAGGAAGGUUUAUGCAAGUUCCAUCAGCAAGAUCAGUUUGGUGUGGUGUGCAACAAUGGGGACUAUGUCGUCAUACAGUGCCGCAUGCUCAAACCUGAUAGCAAUGUUUUCCUCUGCGACUUCUACAUAGAGGACUCGAGGGAAGAGAUUCCCUGUUACCUAGGAUGCUCAUAUAUCUUGCCAUCAAACAUGAAGGAGAACUAUGGUGUAGCAACACUUCCAAUAACCUCUCCCAAGCAUAUACCAGUUGGGCAGCUAACAGUUCACUACAUGGUGGUGUACCCUAUGGAGUAUGGAGGAGACAUGAGUGUGUCAUACGCACAUCACUGGAAAGACAGCUGGAAGGGACUGGAGGUUGGUCAUCGUGGAGCUGGAAAUUCUUACCAUUCAGAAUCUAAGAGCUGUGCAAACAUCAGAGAAAAUACUGUCGCAUCUCUCAAGUAUGCAGCAGAGAAAGGGGCGGAUAUGGUGGAGUUUGAUGUUCAGCUAAGCAAAGAUCUCGUUCCAGUGAUCUAUCACGACUUUCAUGCCUGCAUUGCUCUCAAGCGCAAAAAGGAGCAGGAUAAGACUGACUUGUUAGAGAUCCCAAUCAAAGACCUUACACUUUCACAACUACAGGCACUGAAGGAUCUGAGUCAUCUCUUAGAAGGCACACCAUGCGACAUCCUCACUUACUGUGAUCAUGAAGAUAUGGUUUACCACAAGAAGGAACAAGGGCUGAGUAGGUUUUGUGAUGAGGAGUUUGAGGAUCAUCAGCCAUUUCCCACACUGCAAAGAGCUCUCGAGUGUGUCCCGCUUACUUGUGGCUUUAAUGUGGAAGUCAAAUGGACGAUGCAGCUGAGGGAUGGCACAUAUGAACUCCAACAUCCCUUUGAAUUAAACCAUUUCAUGGAUCUCAUUAUUAAGAUGAUUUUGGAGCACUCUGGCAAGAGAAAAAUAGUUUUCUCUUGUUUUCACCCAGACAUCUGCACAAUGCUUCGCCUCAAGCAGAAUCGCUACCCUGUUAUGUUCCUUACUCAGGGGAUAUCGGAAGUGUGGCCACCUUAUGAGGACCAACGCACAUCUUCCAUCCCUCAUGCAAUUUUGUAUGCUGUCAAUGCUGACAUUUUGGGUAUUAACGUUCACACUGAAGACUUGAUGCGUGACCAUACCCAGAUGAAAAUAGCAUUAGAUAACAACUUGAUUGUGUUUUGCUGGGGUGAUGACAAUAAUGACCAGGAGAAUAUAAAGUUCCUCAAGAAGGCUGGGCUUCAUGGCAUUAUCUAUGACAAGAUUGAUGAGUAUAACACUAAGGUGAAGAAAGAGAGCAUUUUUCUCUGUGAAGAAAGAGAAGCUGAAGAAGAAAUGAUGAAUGCUUCACAGGCAGAAGGUGCAGUAAUCACAAAAAGCAGCACUAGUGUGUGUCUUCAGUCUACUGGUGGCAUGGCCAACUUUAGUGAAAUGGCAGCUCCCCUUGCAAGUGAAAGUGACUUUGGUAAACCAGCUUCUUUAAAUGGGACACAAAACAUUGCCACAACAUCUAGCCACUGCAUGGACAAAGUUGAGUGUAAUGGUGAUCACUGUCAGUGUAGCCACUGCAAGCCUACAUCUUUCAGUGGUAUCUUGACGAGUGAAUAAAAAUGAAAAACGCCUUGUAUAAUUUUUGUGAUAAGUGUUAUUGAAUUAAGCCUAGUUUCAUAAGUAUGAAUAUAGGCCUAGUUUUUUGAUAAGUGUGAUUGAACAGAGGUCUAGUUUGUUGAUAAGUGUGACUGAAUAUAGACCUAGUUUUCAGAGAAAUGGCCUAGUGCUGACAAUAUUGUAAAACAGUGAUGGCACAGGAAUCUUUAUGGGUACGGUGUUUCACCCCAAAUAUGCUUUAUCAAGUACAUAAAGUAUAACAGAAAAUUACAUCUUUUAUAGCACAUUCAGACCAGGUAGUCCCAUGCUGGGUGGGUGAGGUGCGUAAAGUCAGUGUUGAAUAAGAAAUUCAAGGUUCUUUCCUACUCUGAUCUUGUGGGCUUCACCCACUCGCCACAUGAUCAUCCACCCUGAGUAUACUAAACAAGAUGUGUAUUUCUGUUAUAUUUUAUGUGCUGAUGAAGCCAAUUUGUGAUAAAACAUACCAGUAAAGACUCAGUUUCAUAAUAAGUGGCUGAAUUUAGGUCUAAUUUCUUGAUAAGUGCGACUGAAUAUGUUUCUUAAUAAGGUAUGACUGAAUGUAAUCCUGGUUUUACAAUGUGUCUGAUGAGUGUGAAUGAAUAUAUAAGCCUAGUGUCUUGAUAAUGAGUGUGAAUGAAUAUGAACUUAUAAUGAAACUAAGAGUUUGAUUGAAUAUAUGCCUUGGAUUGGUAAAUGAUAUGUAAAACCUUUGAAUUUAGAGGACAAGAAUACAAGGCUGUGCUUUGAUCACAUAUACUGAUCUGUUGUCUAAAUAUGUAUCUAUUAUUUUUUUAUACAUUUUAAUGACUUAAAUUUAACUACUGUAUUAUUUUCCACAUAUAUAUUAUUUAACAAUUGUUAAUGAGGAUAAUUACCAAUGUAAUUAGUAUUGUUUUAAAUAGUCUACACUGGACAUGGUCACUGAUCUGUCAUUCCAUACAUAUUAACAGUGUACUGAAUAUCCAGUUCAUGGAUUAACCCUUUGACUGUCGCAGGCCCCUUUCUGAAACUGUCAUUCUAUGUUGCAAAAUCGAAAAAAAUAAUUAUUUUUUUCUCAUGAAAAUUUUUUUUUUUUUUUAUUAUCACACCGGCCGAUUCCCACCAAGGCAGGGUGGCCCGAAAAAGAAAAACUUUCACCAUCAUUCACUCCAUCACUGUCUUGCCAGAAGGGUGCUUUACACUACAGUUUUUAAACUGCAACAUUAACACCCCUCCUUCAGAGUGCAGGUACUGUACUUCCCAUCUCCAGGACUCAAGUCCGGCCUGCCGCUUUCCCUGAAUCCCUUCAUAAAUGUUACUUUGCUCACACUCCAACAGCACGUGAAAAUGUUGAUUAUUUUUUUGAGUGUUUUAGUCCAAAAAAAAUUCUUUGCCAUCAGUACUUACCAAAAUAUAGAGGCGUGAAGUUUGCAGAAAAUGAGCCGCGUAUGGCAACAGUGGUGACUGCCGCUCACCCGGUAAACUUUGGUUUACUUGUAUUUGAAGUUUUUUUUUUUUUUUUUCACUUUUAUUUUUUCACAUAACUUAUGUGGCCUGUGAGACCAAAGUAAGGUGCAAUGUACAUAUAUACACUCGUUGUAUACAACACAAUAAGCACAAACAUAAUUAUCUAUCUUGUUUACAAAAACAAAUAUAAAAAAAAUUUUAUUACUAUUGUUCUAUAAUACAUAUACCAAUGUACAGUCACCGAACAUAUUCCUAGAAGUUCUGCAGCUUGUGGAACUCUUUGAAACAUGUUUUCAUACACAAUGGUGUUUUACACUUCACACACAAAACCAGUGUGUGCAUUUUUGUGGACUUUUUUUUUUUUAUGUGCAAAAACAAAACAACACCUCUGAGCAGUUUUCUUCAAAGUAUUAGCAGGCAGUUGUGUUAUGUAGUUAUCCUAGGUAAAUGGUCAUGUGUCAUCAUUCCUUCCUUCUGCUUUCUAUAAUAUAUAUACACAUAUAUAGUCACUAGAUAUUUUCAUAUAACUGCUAUUAUCUUCAUUCAGCAAGCUUGUCUUGUGUGCGAGUGUGUGGCUUAUAAUUGUUUUGAGUCAGCAGUUGGCAGCUGUCAAAACAAUGGGGUCGGAUGCUGCUUCCCCUCCAUUCUAUCUCUAUCUGUCUGUCUCACAGGUACACAUAAAUACAAGUAUACAUAGUGUAAAUUACCUAGGAUAACCCAAAAAAUCCAGACAAAGUGCUAUACUUGGCUUGAAGAUGUGAGUAAAGGUGAUGACACAGUCUUGUGGCUCUCUCUGAGACAGAGAGAUACAGAAAUGUUUGUGCACCAGCAAAAACAAAGUGAGGGCGAUGGUCAUCAAUCUUUUCUUAUCAGCUGCACCCUCGUUUACGCUCAUCAAACGUCAGAUGUUAUCUACCCUUAUCUUGUCACUGUCAUGGGGUGGACUUUUUUUUUUCUUGCUUCAAGGGAACAAUAUUAUUACAUCAUCAUCCUCCUCCUCCAUUGCUUUUGGUCUCAAACUCCUGGAAAUCAUGAAAUUGAUCUUCACUGACACUUCCAUCUGUGUUAGAACAUCACUUGGGAAGAGAAGAGUCCCAGAUUUGCUGGGGAGUCACAUAUUUCUUACCCCUAAGCAUGCUGAAAAAGGAGGACUGAAAUGGCAUUCCCACAAUGCACCACUGGCUCCCCGAUUUUUUUCAUAUGGUGCACACUGACCAUGGAGACCCAUUCUCUCACAUGUGGGCCUACCAGCUUUCUCCUGCUUGAUUUGAAGCCCCUAGAAUUUAUGCGUAUAAAUACUUCAGAAACAGUGGCGCUUAAGACGUAUUUAUACAGCGUAAACAGUCAAAGGGUUAAAGACCAUACAUAUACUGUACCUAUAAACUAUUAUUUUAAUUACAGUGGUAUAAUGACUAAGAAAUAUAGUUCUGUAAAUGAUUUUUAAUGAUACUACAGUGAUUACUCUUGUCCAAUAAAAAAAAAGAGGCACAGUGUAUUCCCUACAAUCUAAAUUUUUUGGAGGGGAAAACUAUUAUUAGCUAGUUUUCAGAAUAUAUAUUAUUAUUAUAAUCAAAAAGAAGUGCUAAGCCACAAGGGCUAUACAGCUCAGAAUAUAUAAUUGUGGCUAUUUUUAUAUCAGUAAUAUAUUUAAUCCAAAAAUCAUUAAGAAAAAAUCUAGAUUAAAAAAAAUUCUAUAUCUUGAUAAUUAGUUAUAAUCAAAACUAAGUGCUAAACUCCCAUAUCUUGAUAAAUUUGUGCUGUAUAGCCCUUGUGGCUUAGCACUUCUUUUGAUUAUAAUAAUUGAUAAACUUGUACUAAAUAUAUGUAACUCCAGCCCAUGUGCAUGAAGGAACUUGUUCGAAAAAAAAUGAAUUAAAAAGAUGAAGAAAAAAUAGGGCAUUCAAAUUAAAUGUUGGAAAUCAUUUUCUUGACCAAUCUCAAACUAAUAUUCACAUGGAUCAUACAGAAACCAGCAGAUAAGUGCAUUUUAAAAAUAUAUUUACUACCUAGCUUCUCUCUACAAACCUGCUGUAUCCCACUGAGGCAGGGUGACCUAAAAUGAAUUUCUCUUUAAAUUUAAUAAUGUAUACAGGAGAAGGGGUUACUAGUCCCUUGUGCCCGGCAUUUUAGUCGCCUCUUAUGACAGGCAUAGUUUACGGAGGAAGAAUUAUGUUCAACUUCCCCAUGGAAAUUGGCUCUAUUUAUGUUGCAUUAUUACAAGCAAGUGAGAGCCCAAAAUCGUAAGGAUCCUAUAUUAUGUUGAUGGGGAAGCACUAAACCUACGAGAUUAGGACUGUGUGGUGAUCAGGUUUGAUCAAAGUAAUUAGAGGGUUCCUCCAAUUCUAGUAAUGAAGUCCUUCACCAGCUUCAAGACAUUACUUUUGAAUAGAACAUUUAUACAGUGCCAUGGGAAACUAUUAGGUUCAAUCCAAGGUAGGUUAGGUUCUUGAAUCGAAAGUCCUUCACCAGCAUCGAGGCACAACUUUUGAGGUGACAUUUAUAUUGCGAUAUGCUAGUGUGAGGGAAAAGUUCAACAGAUAGGAGUAGCGAGCGAGUAUGUGGUAACGAUAGUUUGAUUGCCGGCUGCUUGUUAAGGUAGGGUCAGUCUAGCUCCCGCUAUCCUCCCCAUAUACAUGUAUAUUUUCUAAAUUUGGGCUUAGAUUUAUGAAAAAGCAGAACUAAAGAUAUUGUAGCCUUUAAUAAUAUCUAUAGGGAUAUUGAAUAGUUCUCCAUCUGAUUUGUUUUUAAAGUAUAUUUCUUAUAAGCAUACGAAAGGAAGACAUUUUUACUGGUUAUUGCUAAAUAAACAGAAAAUGCAUAUUAAGUGAAUCUCAUGUAACUAAUUAAAGUAUCAAGAUGG